GAGAAAACGAGCUCAAUUCAAACCACGAAUCCAGUUGAGAAUUCUCAUUAUUCCGGCCAAUGGCGCGUGUUGAGCGUGAACCAGAGCUUUCUUCCAUAGACGACAUCGAGCUCGCUGAAGCAAACGAGGUUUCUUCUCACCCCACUGAUCACUCUCAGCGCACCAGAGCUAUCGAAUAUAAAGGGACAGUUGCGACAAAAGAAAGCAUACCAUGGCUUUCAUUACCCAAGAAAGAUCAACUAUUCAUUCUAGGACUAUGCAGACUGUCAGAGCCACUCAGUAAUACUUGUCUUCUACCAUACAUAUAUUUUCUGAUGAAGUCAAUUGUCGUACCGAACCAGGAUUCACCAAACGAAGAUCAGCACAAACAGAUUGCCCAGCUAUCAGGGAUCCUCGUGGCCAUUUUCCCAUUGGCCCAACUAGCGACAUCAAUGUUGUGGGCGCGGUGGGCAGACAAAUAUGGCCGGCGGCCGGUCAUCGUUGGCGCCUUGCUUGUGUCCGCAGUUUCGAAUCUCGGCUUCGGAUUCUCUAGAAGUUUCGGGAGCUUGAUGCUCUGGCGUUUACUUGCAGGUAUUUUCAAUGGUAAUGUUGGCGUGAUGCGAACGGUUACUGCUGAAAUUGUGAAAGAACGCAAAUUUCAGACCAAAGCCUUUUUGCUCUUGCCACUGAUAUUCAAUGCUGGCAUGGUCUUUGGUCUUGCAAUUGGUGGUUGGCUGGCAGAUCCCACCACCAAUAUGGCGUGGGCCUUCGGACGCAAUGGAAUCCUGAAUUUCUCUGGAAAUCCAGACGGUGCCCCCUUUGCGCUUGCUUUUCCUUUUGCUCUUCCAGCAAUCUUCAACUUCUUCCUAUUGACCAUAAGCCUUCUAAUGGCAUUUUGUGGACUUAGGGAGACACUGGAGGGUUGUGAGGAAAAUGAAGACACUGGGCUUCGAUUUGGUAGUCUUAUCAUUCUCUGGAUUCGGAGGAGAUUUUCGAGCCGCUUCGCUGAUUAUGCAGCUGUGCCUACAAAUGAUGAGGACGAUAGAAUGUUGAAUCAGCAAAUAACAGCAAUGCAUUCCGAUGCUGCGCAAAAAAAACCAGUCAUGCAACCUCUUCAGCCGAAGAACUUAUGGACGAGAGAUGUUCUAUGUGCCUUGAUCUCUUUCGGUAUACUACCUUUGCAUAACUCGGCGUUUAUGCACAUAUAUCCAGUGUUUAUGAGCACGUUACCCAUGGAUAAAUCUUACCAGGAGUCCAAAUUACAUUCCCAUGGUGGGUUGGGCCUUCGAUCAUCGAGUAUCGGCCUAUACCUGUCCUUUUUCGGAUUAUGCGGGAUUGCACUGCAAAUGUUCGUAUAUCCGCGCUUUCAGGCUAGAUUAGGAACUCUUGGAACAUUCAGAGUGGCCCUGUACAUGUUUCCAAUCACAUAUUUUCUGACUCCAUUUCUUGUAUUGCUUCCAGAACAGGGCGUCUUGCGCUGGAUCUGUGUUGGGCUUAUAACGUGGAGUCAAAUCAUGGCACGGACGCUGGCCAUACCAAGUACAGUCAUUCUCCUUACGCAGUCAGCUCCAAGCAAGAGCGCAUUAGGACGUAUCCAUGGUGCAGGUAAUGCAGGAGCCAGCCUUGCACGAGCUGUAGGUCCAGCCUUGGGCGGGUGGAUUUUGGCGAAGGGUAUUGAGCAAAAUAUGGUGGGAAUGGUUUGGUGGUUCUACCUCAUGGUCGUGGCCGCUAUGGCUUUGUUCUGGAGUUUUACAAUGAGGAAUCUUGAUGACUCAUGAGUUUUUCGUCGUGUUGACUGCUUGUCGUCAUAGCCGAAAAAGAGAGCAUAAACACACGUAACAGGGAAUCAUCCAACGAGAAACACUCUAACUCUGCACACCUUCCCAUUUUCUCUACUGCCAAGCAUAGACAAUAUUCAGGAACUAAACGCUUCUAGACAUUGCACUGCACCUGCAACUUCAUUUACCCAUUUAGGUUUUCUGGAGGUGAAUGUCUCAGCGGAAGGUGUAAAUCUAGCUAGUCCGCCCUCAUCCAAGAUUCCGGCCUUGAGGACAACCAUGUCCGGAAAACGAGAAGACUCGGUCCACAUCGUCGAGCUGCAUGUUCCACAGAACCGGCGAAGUGCUGGACUACCACUG